AUGAUGAUGGAUGAAGCUCAUGAUGUGGAAACCAAAGCAUCUGCUUUAUUGGCAAGUGUCCAUCAUCGUCCAGGGUUUGGAUCCGAGUCUGGCCAUGUUCAUGGGUUAUCGGCGUCUGUGCCUCUUCUGGGUGUUAACUGGAAGAGGAGAAGGAUGCCAAGACAGAGACGAUCUUCUUCUUCCUUUAACCGUCUCUCUUUUCCUAUUUUGCCUCCUUCUUCCUCCCACGUGCCAGCUCCUCUUCCCGCACGUAAAAUAGACAGAAGAAGGCUAAGAUUUCUCUUCCAGAAGGAACUGAAGAAUAGUGACGUCAGUUCCCUCCGCCGAAUGAUACUCCCUAAGAAAGCUGCGGAGGCUCACUUGCCGGCGUUGGAAUCCAAGGAAGGGAUGCCUAUAAAAAUGGAAGAUUUGGAUGGUCGUCACGUUUGGACCUUCAAGUACAGGUACUGGCCAAACAACAAUAGCAGAAUGUACGUGCUAGAAAACACAGGGGACUUUGUGAAUGCUCAUGGUUUGCAGCAAGGUGACUUCAUCAUGGUCUACCAAAACCUCUACCGUAAAAAUUACGUGAUACAAGCAAGAAAGGCAUCAGAAGAAGAAGAAGAAGAAGAAGAAAACUUAACAAGCGUUGAAGAAGACGACAUUUACACAGACUUAAAAAAGAUUGAAAACACUGUGGUUAACGAUCUUCUCAUCCAAGAUUAUAAUCAUCACUACAACAGCGACAACGGAAAAUGUUCUUUCUGUUAUCCCAUCAUCGACGACAUCACCGCCACAGCCACUACCACCUCUUUCGUCUACGACACGACGGCUCUAACCUCCAACGAUACGCCUCUCGAUUUUUUGGGUGGACUCACGAUGAGGACUAAUAAUUAUUACUCCAAGGUUGGAUCAUUCGAGGGUUUUGGCUCAGUCGAGAAUAUCUCUCUCGAUGACUUCAAAUAAAUCGGCGCGAUCGAUGUGCUCUUGAUGAAUAUUCUUGAUGGUGAUCAACUUUUUCUUUUUACUAGAUAUAUAUAAAAAUGCGUUUUGUAUUUUGAACAAAAUGGUGUUUUAUAUUACAGUUUAUAUGAAGAUCAUAUAGCUAGAUGGGAGUCGUGGAAGUGUUUUGUAUUUGAUGAAUAAUUACCUGUCGCGGCUUUAAGUUAUCAAUCCUUGCCCGACAUGAAAAGCAAAACAUAGUUUUUCUUUUUGG